GCCUGGCACCCGCCCCCUACUUCCUGUCCCGAUAGGGGUGUGGGGGUUAACUGGGGGGAAGGCUGGGCGCACACAGGGACAGCCCACAGACUGCAGAGCUGUGGUGGGUGAUCACAGCUGCCACCACCUCCCCUCUGGGGCCCGUAACCACUGUGAGACUCAGGUGGCUGAGGGUGGCCCUGACAUGCCCCUGUGUCUCUCUCCUGUCAGGCUGGAUGGCCCACACUUAAGCUGUUUGGUGAGUUGGAGCCCCCCCGGCCAUUCCCUUCUCUCACCUGUCUGUCAGUCUUCCCCAAGGUUGGGGAGGGAGUGUCUCCAAGGCCUGAGAUGACCCUGUCCUCACUCCGCCAGUACCCAGAAGGUAUCUUCUACGACCUGGAUAGCUGCAAGCCCUUCAGUUACCCAGAUUCAGACGGGGGCCUUGACUCUACAUGGGGCUGGACAGAGGCCCCGCCUGCCCCUGCCAUCCCUCCCUAUGAAGCCUUCGACUCUGCGACGGCUGCCUUUGCCCACUCUGAGGCUGUGCAGCUCUGUUACAGUCAUGGUCCUAGCCCCUCCACCUACAGCCCCGUGGGGACCCUCGACCCAGCCCCCAGCUUGGAGGCCCCGGGGCCUGGUCUCCAGGUAUACCCCUCAGAGGACUUUGCCAGCCAGACGCUGAGCUCCUUGGCUUAUGCUCCGUACCCCAGCCCUGUUCUAUCGGAGGAAGAAGACCUUCUGCUAGACAGCCCUGCCCUGGAGGUCUCGGACAGUGAGUCAGACGAGGCCCUCUUGGCUGGCUCCGAGGGGAGGGGAUCUGAGGCAGGUGCACGCAAGAAGCUGCGCUUGUACCAGUUCUUGCUGGGGUUGCUCCUGCGCGGGGACAUGCGCGAGUGCGUGUGGUGGGUGGAGCCAGGUGCCGGCGUCUUCCAGUUCUCCUCCAAGCACAAGGAGUUGUUGGCUCGCCGCUGGGGCCAGCAGAAGGGCAACCGCAAGCGCAUGACGUAUCAGAAGCUGGCCCGAGCGCUGCGCAACUAUGCCAAGACAGGCGAAAUCCGCAAGGUCAAACGCAAGCUCACCUACCAGUUUGACAGCGCGCUGCUGCCAGCCGCCCGGCAUGCCUAAGCGCUCCACUAGGACCCUUUUCUGGCCCCUAAGUCCCAGUGCCCAUGGAGCUCCCUAUGGGGGUGGGGGCAGCCAGGGUCCUCAGCUCUCCCUAGGACCUCCCCAGAGUUGUCUGUGCCAUGUAUAGGAUUCCAAUCUAGGAUGGUCGUGUUUGAGGAAGCACUGGCCAUUCUACACGGUUUCAGAAUGGCAGGUUUCUCUGUGGAGGCCCCUGAUGUUGUCUGCGGUUCCAGAAUCCGCAGAUACUUCUUGCGAGCCCUGUGAUCUCACACGUCAUCCACCAGCAGGUGGCGCUGUCUACAGCCCCCAAACCUUUGUUUGUUGACCGGAUGGGUCCCUCUGUGAUCGAUCCCCUGAGGCCCUUGUUUGAUCUGAGAUCUAGUUGUUUGGAGCUCUCUGAGAACCCGUGUGCCACCAGUGUGUGACUUUUUUCUGUGUCCAUUUAUGACUUUUGUUUGUUUGAGACAGGGUCUCAUUACGUAGCUCAGUCUGGUCCCAACCUGUAUCACUCGCCCUGCCUCAGCCUCCUGAGUGCUGGGAUUAUAAGGGUGCACCAUCUCACCAGGCUUUUUCCUUUUUUUAGAGAAGAUUUUACUAUGUAACCCAGGCUGUCCUCAAGCUUGUGGUUAUCCUCUUGCCUCAGGCACCCCUUGGGACCCUCUGGGAUCUAUGUCCGAGAUGAAUUGUUGGGUAGGGUAGGGGUGGGAGGUUCAGUGAAUCUUAUAGGUUGGGUCCUCCCUUCUGGGAUCCUUUGAUCACAUGGGAAGUUCUCUAGGCUCUUAGCAGCCCUGCAUUCACACACUGACUGUCCUGUUUGAGGUGCGACCGAUAUAUUGUGUUUGAGGGUCAUACUGGCACUUGGCCCGUUUGGGAGGUGUGGCAGAGGUACGGCCUGUCAAAGCUAGUGCCUUUUAUUUUUGAGGUUGGGUCUUAUGUAGCUUAGGCUGGCCUUGAACUCGCUGUGUAGCUGAGGAUGACCUUGAGCCCUCUCCUCAGCCAGAAUGUUCAGAUUUCAGGCAGCACCCCGUGGUUGUUUCUUUCCUUUUCUUAAGUCAAGGUCUGUUCGUGUAGCCCAGGCUGGCUCCAAGCUCAUAGCCCUCUUCCUGCCUCCUUGUCUGCAGUGCUAGAACAACGAACAUGUCUUACCACUCUGUGCUUACCCAUGCCACGGCUAGACGGACUUCUAGAGCUGGCCACCCCCCACCCACAAGGCAGGCAAAUUACGUCCCUGCAGGUGCUUCCCCGGAGGAAAGCCCGCUUUCACAGUGAUCGUUCAAACUAGAGGGCACUCCCGCAAUCCAGAUAUCUGCCUGUGACUUUUUGGACAACUGGUGACCCCUGGCCAGCUUUUCUGGGGCCAGCCUCUGUCCAGGUGUCUGCCUAGGACCCUGCGCAGUGUCUGCCCGUCUCACACCAGUGACUUCUUACAUCCACCAGACACCAGUGACCGCCUGUUCUGGGGCAGUCUUUUCCUUUCAAGUGCUGCGGGCUAAGCAGGCUCUAACUGUGGGUUUGUCUUGGGUGUCCAUAGCAGAAUCAGAACCCAGAGCUUUGAAGCCUGAGUGAGCUGGGCCACCCAGGCUUCCGUUCCCCUGAGAAACAGAUGGUGAAGAGGCCCUUAAAACUCUUUGCAACCUUGAUGAGCCUGUGACACACUGGAACUCACCUGUGUGGGUGGCCAGGAGGGGGGAAAAGGAUCAUGGAAGAUCCAGAUGUCCAUGUGGUCAAGUUAAACUGUACCAAAUAAAAUUAUUUCUUCAAAACCCAACAUCAUCACUCUACAUGCACAAUAAAUAAAGCCCUG